CGCGCCGCUGGCGGCCGCGCUCCUGCUGACGCUGGCGCUGCUGUUCCGUGCUGCGGACAAGUGCCGCGCGCAUCAUCUACUCAAACCGGCGGCUCGCAGACGGCAGUCCGAGGAGUGGCCGACGCCCAGCGUGGCAGCUACCAGCUUGUCAGUGCGGAUGUCUGGCGAGGCAGCGGACGAGGUCGGCGCCGACUGCCCACCGCCCUACGCGGUCGUGGCGGCGGGCGGCGCCGACGCGAAGCCGCACGCCGAGCCCCCGCCGCCGUACUCCGCAUGCUACGUAGCGUACAGCGCGACCAAUACGCACGCGCCACCGGGACGUGACCUGCACGACGACGGGAAUAUCCCCGAGGACAUCUCACACGGUAACCAAGAUUAUAGCCUCUCCUAUGAACAGGAAAACGCCUCUGCUGAACAAGGCUACAGUACCGCCAAUGAAAAUUACGUAUUUUGUGAUCAAAAUGGAGGUCUCAAUAUUAUUCCUGGUAUCUCCCCGGAAGACCCCAACUACGGCAUUCUUGGAGACCCGGGGUGCAGUGACCCUGCUAAUCUUCACCGUGACACCACCGGGAGCCUCCACUACAUUGCGCCGGGGGACGCCACCUACGGUACAAGUGACGAUGCUCUCCACCUUGGCGAUGCUAACACCAUCAUUGUACAGAUGGAUCGCGACUGCGCACCGAGGGAGAGGUACUUUCUGGUGUGAAAAAAUAUGAAAAAAUCGUAGAAGAGAAUCGAAGUAGAUUAUUAUAUAAAAUCUAGAACGGAGGUGGACGUAAAUAUUGCUGAAGGUCUUGCAAGACGUCCCGUCGAAGGUGUCGUGUUUCGAACGAAUAAGGGAGAAGUUUAUUUUGGUCGUGUACAUUUUUACAUUAUACGCUUCUCGCGUGACGUAGAGCGUAGUUAAAGUAAGCAUUUGUAAGUUAUGUAAUAUACUUAGUUACUUACUUAUUUUUUAUAUUCGAAUUCAAUAGCGCAUAGAUCCCCGUAGGAGCAGCUUCACAUCGACACUCGCAGACUAGAUACCUAGUGGUACAAUAUAGUACACAUACACACCAAACGAAAUGUAGAGAAAAACUUAU